AUGGAGUUCGUGCAUGAAGACCUGAUGCCUAGGUUACGAGAUUCGCUUCCUUCCUUGUUCAGGCAUGUGCAGUGCUGCCGCUUUACGCUGGGUGAAAAAAGCCCAGAAUUGGGGCCAGUGCAAGUCUUGGAGCAUUCAAAGGAUGGAGUGGACGUUGUCAUUUCAGUGCAAUACUUAAGUGAUGUUGACAUCAGCUUCGAUGCUGGCAGUGGCAUAUCCUUUGGGGUGAGGCGCCUUACUUUCAGCGGCAAGAUGUGCGUGGCACUACGACCCCUACUGCAGCGCUUUCCCAUUGCUGGUGCUGUGCACAUCUUUUUUGCAGCUGCACCAACAGUGGAUAUCGAAUUCACUGGUCUGGCGUCUUUGGGCCACUUUCCUGGGAUUGAGACAACCAUUCGCAGAGCCAUCACCGACUGGCUCACCAGUUACAUGGUUUUGCCACGAAGCAAGGCUGUCAUCCUUGCAGACGAUGUCGAUCCAAUGGAGGCUUUGGCACAGAAACCUCUUGGAGUGGUCAGGGUGAAGGUUCUUCAAGCUUGCAAUCUUGCAGGUGUAAAUUGUCAUGCUUUCAAAGAAGAUUGCUUCACUUCUCACCCAUACUGCAUCAUGUCGCUCGGUGAUUGUUCGGUGAGAACAUCUACCGUUUAUGAUACUACAAAUCCUGUUUGGCCAUCUACAGAAACUGGCGCUUUUUUUGUCGUGCACCACCGGGAGCAGGAGAUGUCAGUUCAGGUACAUGGAGAGGCAAGUGCAAGCUUAUUCCAGCACAACUUCACGGGCUUCCUGGGAUGUGUUUCGUGUCGAAUAGGACACUGUCUAAGAAGAUGGCCUGAAGAGUGCCCUUCGGGCAAGAGUGGAGUUCGCCGCAGCACCCAGAAGCUGGACACAUCGCAGGUUCGUCGCGAACUUCUGCAUGUGGAUGACCCAGUGAAUCGAGGCGUACCAUCGGUGGUAGACAUGGAGGUGCAGUGGUAUGCGUUCUCCAGUGCAGAUACUUGGCCGGCUGACGCAGCGCCUGCAGCGCUCAUGCUCGAGAUCUUCCAAGGUUCCGGUUUUCCAGCAGACGGCCACGGCGGGCGUGGACUUCGUUGGAGGAGUUGGAUCGAUGGGAAGGAUGCGCUAGUGAGCCAAAAGGGCAAGCUAGAAGCAGAUGAGUUGCAGUUUCCAGAUCUCCCGAUCAAUCCUCGACUUUUUCCAGUCAUAGACAACCUCACUGCCCGUCAGUAUUGCUUGAAGGAUGUGGCGCAGAUUGUUGGUGUUGCAGAAGAUUUAGUGGUGACCUACCUGCGGACAAGAGAUGAGUUUCGGGACAAGCGGGACCGGCUUCGAGAGGUGCAGUCCAAAGAUGAUUACCGGAUCGAGCUGCAAUGGUUCCAAGUUCUUGUGCACAUGGUUGACCAAUCUGAUGUGUCCAAGAACCUGAACAUAGCGCUGCUGGAUUCGCAG